ACCAAAUCAUCCGGUUUAUUUGCAUUUAAGCCCCAUAGUAACUAAAACAAGGUUAGGUUAUGCCGUUGCCCAGUCAAUACCUACGCCCAACUUGAUCCACUCAAAUUGCCAGCAACGCAUGGAGCAUUAUUAGAACUGUUGGAACUGCGCUAAGGUAGGGGGGUAAUUCAAUUUCAUCUCCGUUAUUCAACUUUCUUAUCAUCUUACACCGUCGUCCUCACAACUCCAAGAAAACAUCAUCACAAACGCCGACUCCGUUUUUAUUAUAACAUUCCUGACCCGGUCUUAUUUACAAUUCCAACCCUCAAUACCUCAAAAUGGUGAGUUGCUCUUUGUCUGCUCCAAUUCACUGUCUACCUUUAGAUACCUAGGUAGGUAUCUACAUAAAGUACCUACCCUGGGAACAUAAACAGAGGGGAUUCCUUGUUGUUGCCCCUCGUAACUCCCUAAGUCAAGGCUUAGUGCCAGUGUUACGCGAUGAGAAACGACCAGUCAGCGUGAUCCUUUUGCAGCCAAAUGGCAGCAUGUAGCCGACACGCAAACGCCCGCAACCUAAGAAAUGCUACUUUCGAUCCUUUCGUCAUAUUUCUCCAAAGCGAGCUCGAAUCUCCAGAAAACAAAAGCGAACCGUUUACUCCUUUUUUGGAUAUCAAUUGCUUCGCCCUACUAUUUUUGGCUUCUUUUGGAUAGCAACAAAUUAUCGAUAUGGCCACUAACGAUGCACAGGCUUCAACCAACUACAAGGAGGCUUUCUCAUUAUUCGACAAGCGAGGCAAUGGCCGCGUUGCCCUCGAAAGCCUCGGCGACCUCCUGCGCGCCUGUGGGCAAAACCCUACCUUAGCCGAGAUCAGAGAUUUGGAGCGCAAUGUUGGCGGUGAUUUCGACUUCGAGACCUUCUCGAAAAUCCUGAACCGACCAGGCGGUUUCCGCGACCCCGGCGAGCCUGACGAGUACUGCCGCGGCUUCCAAGUUUUCGAUAAGGACAUGACUGGCUUUAUUGGUGUUGGUCAACUCAAGUACAUCUUGACGAACUUAGGAGAAAAGAUGACGGAUGAAGAGGUCGACGAGCUGCUUAAGGCUGUCGACACCAGUUCGGGACAAGUCAACUAUACUGAGCUUGUCCGAACCAUCCUGGCCAACUAGAUCAUUUCACCCUCGCGAGCAUUGAGAUGGAAGCUGGAGUUUAGAGGCGUAGAAAUUGUCAGAUGCACCCACGAAUAUCAAUAAACCACUACAACCAUAGGCAUUGGCUGGGGAGGACGACAUGGCGUUUGUUCAUUGACGGGAUUAUAUGAAGCAGGAUUGGCCUAUUUGAUCUUUUACGGUAGUCAUAAGUCAGAUAUGGAAAAUAAGUGAAUAGGGGAGAGGGGUGGUUGUAUGGUGGAUGGGUGGCAUGCGGAAGACCCUCCCUUUUUUUUACUUUUCAUCGAUUCUGUACGUAAUACAAAAAAUUCUUCUCAAUCCAGGGCUCCGGGUUUUCAUGGUUGUGUUUGGUCAUGCAGCUGUGUAGCAGCUGAAAAGGCUUGUUGGCUUCUUUUAGGUCCUAAAAUACCAGUAAGAGAGACUUGUUGAUGUACCCAGGUUAUACGGUAGGUAUUGUACCUCCAGUUCCUGUUCCGAUAGCUGGAUAGGCCCUACGUUACAGUGUGAUCCCCCCGCAAUCUAGGAAAUGUCAGUGGGACUUGUUAGGUGUCUUGGCUCCGUCAAGAUCGACGUGGAUUUU